AUGGCUCAGAAUGCUGCCAUUAGGCUUCCCGUAGAAAGGCAGACGGUUGUUGCCAGAAGUGAUCUCAUCGUCCAGAUCCUGCGCCCUAAUUCCCUAACGAACUCCAAAGAGAUGGCUGUUGCUAUUGGCUUCUCCUUCUGUGCUAAUGGAAGUUGCUCUCCUGCUAGCGAGAAUAUGGGCACUGUUGUGUACAACGGCGAUUUCAACCCCGUCUCUCAUGAGGACUUCCUCCCUCCCUACCAAAAUUUCACUAUCUCAGUCCCUCCUGGUUGCAAGUCAGGAAAAGGCCAAAUCAACGUGGCACACGCGACACUAGUUGGUGCUGAACUAUAUCCUUACAUUGAGAGUUUGAACCAGUCUAUCUUCAUCUCGUAG